AUGUUCAACAAAAUUAACAGACUGAGUAUGAUGACCGUUGGGCUUAUGGCGUGUAUUUGCUGGGCCUUUUUCUGUGUUGACGCAUCAAUGAGUGUACGCUGCAAAUUAAAGCGCCAUUCACACAAAGUUAUGCAGACUGAUUUAAAUAGUCGCCGUUGUUGGGAUGACGUUAAAAUUGUAUCAUGUUGGGGAUACUGUCUUUCUUAUGAGAUAUCCGAUUGGCAAUUCCCGUAUAAAGAAUCUCACCACCCCGUUUGUGUGCAUGGCGAACGACGACAUGCAUCGGUGAAGUUGCGCAACUGCGACCCCGGAGUUGAACCAGGAACCGAGAUCUAUCACUAUGUUGAAGCUGUGAAUUGCAGAUGCCAAGUCUGUUCGUCCGAAGAUACAAGUUGUGAAUGGCUUCCACCAGAUUCGUCUCUUUUAGGAGGACUCAUUCUCAAAGAAGAAUUGGAAGAAGAAUUGGAAUGAAAAAUUGCAACUUUUAUCUAAUGACAGGAUUUACGACAAG